GCUGGGGAAGAUGGGGUUUUAUGGGGCCAGACUUGACCAUGGGAUAUGGAGUGGGAGAAGCAGAGAAUGGGGUGCGGGGAUGGGGUGGCUAGUCAGCCUGAGGGGGAGCAGCACAGGGCCAGGCUCACCACAGCAUCCACAUCAAGCUGUAAGCCUCACCUGGAAAGUGAAACCGUGAGCAUCCACACGACAGAGGAACACACAUGUGGAGAGCUGUCCAGAGAGACAGUGAGCAUCCACAUGACAGAGGAACACAUGUGUGGAGAGCUGUCCAGGGAGACAGUGAGCAUCCACAUGACAGAGGAACACACGUGUGGAGAGCUGUCCAGGGAGACAGUGAGCAUCCACAUGACAGAGGAACACACAUGUGGAGAGCUGUCCAGAGAGACAGUGAGCAUCCACAUGACAGAGGAACACAUGUGUGGAGAGCUGUCCAGGGAGACAGUGAGCAUCCACAUGACAGAGGAACACACGUGUGGAGAGCUGUCCAUGGAGACAGUGAGCAUCCACAUGACAGAGGAACACACGUGUGGAGAGCUGUCCAGAGAGACAGUGAGCAUCCACAUGACAGGAACACACGUGUGGAGAGCUGUCCAGGGAGACAGUGAGCAUCCACAUGACAGGAACACACGUGUGGAGAGCUGUCCUAUUGUUGCCAGCCCAACAGAGGCCUCCUGAUGGCCCAUGCUGCCUUCUGAGAGAGACGGGGAAGGCUCAGUGGGAAAUAGGCAGGUGAGAGAGCGGGCCGUGUGCUCCUGUCCUCGCUCUCUCGUCUGUUCCGAGUUGUGAGUGGCCCUGCAUGGCAUUCAGGCACAAUCGAAGGCACUUUCCUGGAUACAGAAAGGACCCUAGAUUCAUGCCUUUCGUCAGUAUGGAGAAAUCCUCAGCUCUUAUCUUCUAAGCCUUUUGCCUGCCUCCUCUUCUGUCUCCUGGGACUCCGGUGCCUCAUGUUAGAGUGUUUCUUUGUAUGACAUGUCUACUGUUUUCCCAUGCUUUUUCUCCCAUCUGUCUUUGAGUUCACUGUCUUCUAGCCCAUCUGUUUAGUUCUUGGGUUUGUUUGGUGUGUGUGUGUGUGUGUGUGUGUGUGUGUACAUGUGAAGGCCUGAGUUUAAUGUCAGGAGUCAGCCUUGAUCACUCUUCCACUGUAUCUGCUGAGUCAGGGCUUGCUCCUUUAGUCAGACUUGGAGCUCGCUGACAGGGCUCCUCUCACCAGCCAGCUUGCUCCGCAUCCAGGUCUGCACCUUCUCAGGCUGGAAUUGCAAACAUGUUGCCAUGUACAUCUGACAUUUACAUGAGUGCUGGGCACUUUGAACGCCAGUCCUCCUGUGUGCAUGACAAAUACUUAGCCACUGAACCAUCUCCCAGCCCAAAUUCUUAAUUUCAGACACUAUAUCUUUUAACUUGUAAAAUGUCCAAUUUGAUUUAAUUUUUUCGUACAUUCCAAUUUUAUUUGUUUUGUCAUUUUUGUAUUUCUCGUUUGUGUGAAUGUUUUGUCUGUGUGUGUGUGUGUACCAUGUGCAUACCU